UAAUGGUUCGUGCUAGGGGUACUGAACACCACAUGCAAAAAUAAAAACAAAUGAACAUACAAUGAAAGUUGUAAUUUGAUCAAACAGAAGCAACACUAAAUAUUUGAAUAGUUCUAAUGGAUAGUUACAGUCAGUGUUUCCACUUUAAUGAUUUCCUUUCCCCACGCCUCAAUGCAGAUUUCCCCUUUUUAGGACAUUUUUCCCCUCAAAAAUUAUCUGCUGUAGUUUUUAGAUUUGGCACUAGUGUUAGUAACUAAAGAAAAAAAGGUCUUAAUCUAUCUUAUUCUAUAAUAGAUAAAUAAAAUAUAUAAAAUCUGCACGUGUUGCCACAGUUUCUUUUAUACAGCAACACUGUAGUCCACGGUAUAGUCCCUAAAAAAUUUGUUCCGUGCUGCAUUAUUUUUAAGCUAGGCUUUACCCAUAAUUUCCCGCAAUUUCCCCUUUUUCUUCCCUUCUUGACCCUAAUUUCCCCUUAAAAGGGGAAUUUCCCCUCAUUGUGGAAACACUGGUUACAGUAGCUAGUUUAGAAGAGUUGUUACCGAAAGUUAAUCAUCAAUGUUAUGUUAACAAGCCUUACAUUUAUAGCAUUGUUCUUACUCAGCCUUACAAUAACAUUGAUUGUAGGCAGUUGUUUGAGUGGACGCUAAGAUAAGCCAACUCAUUAGUAGUAAUAUACUUUGGUAACUAGACUUCAUUUCAUUCGCAUUGCAACCAUUUUAGUAUUAGUACUAUUAUCAGUGAUACAACUAGUGUUAGAGCGUGCUUUUUGAAAAGUAUUAGGUAUAAUGUGUAACUGGAUAUCUGUGACUAUACUUGAAUAUUGUGAUUACAAAUAAUGCUUUAAAUAACAAGAAAUUCUUAAUAUACAGGUCAAGUACAUUUUCACUAUAUAUUCCAUGUAGCCAAAGGGGUACGGCAUCAUCAUGCACAUGUGGAUGUGGUUCGGGUAUGACUUGGGCGAGUUUAUGUUCCCCGGCUUGGACAUAUCCACGCGUUGGUCCUUCGCGCUCACGUGGAUCGCUCUGUUCUUCAUAGCGUUGCUUUUUGAGGGAUCAAAGGUGUACUUGGCAAACGUACAGCGGGAGGCGUACCGAAAAUUAUACCCGUACAGAUCUGACGAAAGGAGGAAUCUGCUAUGCGACAGGGAGCGCGCGAGCAGCAUGGAGCCGACUACUAGCCGCAACGCCAGCUCUGUUGCCACGAGCCGCUGGUCUUCACUACGGGUGCGGUUGCUAGUUAACGGCCACCAGUCUACAGUAUUCCUGGCGCACAACGUGGUGGGCUACCUGCUGAUGCUGGCGGUCAUGGUGUACAACGUUCAUCUCCUGCUCGCAGUCGUCUUCGGCAUGAUGCUAGGUUACUUCCUGUUCGGUCCGAAGUUGACGAGACUGCAGAUGCAGUGUUUCGGAAACAGACGCCCGAUCAUUUGCACCCCGGAAUGCGACGACACAGCUGAGACCUCCACUCCCCCACUGCUGGAUUCGGCUCACAGCUCCGAAUCAGACUUACUAUGUCGCACGCGAACUUGUAUACAACCCUCGCACUAUUUCAAGGCGUCCACUUCAACGGACGCACCCGAAUUGCCGUCAUGCCAUUAUGGCGCUAAACACUGUCCAUCGCGCGUAGCUCGAGCGAAAAGAUCCAAACAGUGUUACCAUCCUAGUGAGAAAGAAGGCAGCCCGAGCGUAGAAGACGCGAAGCUGCUUACUACAGAAAGACACGGAUGUUGCAAGAAGAAGCAAGAAACGCCCCCCGAUGAAACGACAACUAGCCUAAGUCACGCAGUCGUCAUCCAUGAAAACGAGUCUUGCUGUGAGGAAACUGUAAGGGAUGAUACUAGAGAGGAAAGCCCACAGAUCUCUUGCUGCCACAACGCUAAAGUACCGUCUGACAGCCAGGAACAAAUUGUACAGUAACGACUACGUGUUGACCAUUAAGCUACCACGGCCCUAUUGGCCGCGUCGAAAUUUUCCUAGCCUUAAGCUGCAAGGCAGCGCCAUCUCUUCGCAUUGUAGGUAACC